CUGCACUUAGGCAGGCUUUAUAGCCUUUAAUAAUACCUUAUUAGUCUCCCUCUCCAUUACAACUCCCUCCCUACCUCCUCCCUCACACUACCUUUCCCCUCCAUCAUCCAUCCAUCCUCCAUUACAUCAACAACACAACACAACACAACACAACACUUCCAAUAUCAACACUUUCAAAUCGGUUUACCUUUCAACAACCAUCCAACAACUCUUAACCAACAAAUCAUCCAAUAACUUAUUUCAAAAUGCGAUCCAAGUUUAAGGACGAGCACCCAUUCGAGAAGCGCAAGGCUGAAGCUGAACGCAUCCGUCAAAAAUACUCCGACCGUAUCCCCGUAAUCUGCGAGAAGGUCGAGAAGUCCGACAUUGCCACUAUCGACAAGAAGAAGUAUCUCGUUCCCAGCGAUCUCACCGUCGGUCAAUUUGUGUACGUUAUCCGCAAACGUAUCAAGCUUUCCCCGGAAAAGGCCAUCUUCAUUUUUGUCGAUGAGGUCUUACCGCCUACUGCCGCUCUGAUGAGCUCCAUUUACGAGGAGCAUAAGGAUGAGGAUGGAUUCCUAUACAUCUCAUACUCGGGCGAAAACACCUUUGGUGAAGCUUUAGAAGAAGCCAACUAAAUCCCGCUUCCUUAGAAACUUCAGUACAACUCAUCAUAGGCGUUUAUAAGGCGAGGCGGUGAUGGAUAGGCAGGGCAGUGUGACUACGUUACAACCUGGGGCAGUUUUUCUUUUUUACUCGUCGACUUCCAAGUUUUCCCCCUCAAAUACCUUGGGAGCGUACCAACCAACCAUUUCUCACCUACCUCUUCGAUCAUCCUUAGCGCCCUCCCUUACGGUUCGCAGCAAAGGAGAUCAGCAAGAAAAGACUGAUUAUCUGUAUAUGGGAUGAUGGAACAGCUGUGUAUGCUCUUGGGAAGUGGAAAUUUCGGACUUCGAUGUUGUGAAUUAUUCAUAGGGGGUUGUUAUCCUUUCCUUGUUUUCAUGCUUUUAGUGGGAGGGGUUUAUUGGGAAUAGGGACAAUAUGAUACGAUGCUUUCUGCCAACACAUGCAUGGUUUCACAAUGUGCUAAGUACACGUGAAGUCGUUGGGUUCGUGAUU